AUGAAGGGUGGCUCGCUUCAGAACGUCAAAGUUACUCCUUUGAGUAAACAAGACGAUGAAGUCGAGCACUAUGUGACUAAGCGUAUGGUGGGAGCCAGUGAUGCAUGCUGGCGUCUCUUGGAUUUCCCAAUAUCAAAGUCUGAGCCCACCGUUGAAUGUCUCCCUGUUCAUCUAGAGGGAAAACAGAAUGUGUGUUUUCGACCUAACAACUUGACACACGCCACUUCUGGAGCUACCUCUGACUUGAUCUUUUAUUUCAAUAGGCCUCGUGACCCAAUGUUUGACAAUUUGACGUACCAGUGUUUUUUUGAACAAUACAUUGUUCACAGCAAACGUCCAAGUAGUGCUGAGGUUUACGAACAUCCAGACGGUAAGCACUUCUUAACUUCCAGAAAACGUGGCCAAAAGAUCUGUCGACUCUUCUGGGUUUCACCAAACAGGAGUGAGCAAUAUUUUCUUCGGCUGCUGCUCAUGAUCAUACCAUGCCGUGGUUACGCCGAUCUGCUCACUCGAGGUGGUGAUGGUUGCACUACAUUCCAACAAGUAGCACGCACCCUCGGUUUGGUUGAAGAUGAGGACGAGUACCACCAGGCACUGAAGGAAGCUGCUCGAUUUAUGGUCGGCCCGAGGCUCCGCUCUUUCUUUGUUCUACUUUGUAACAUGGGAGCUCCCGCGGCCCUCUUGUGGGAUGCUUUCCGGGAUACAUUGUGUGAGGACCAUUUGGAGCGGAAUCCUCUUGAUCACGACGUUGCUUUCAAGCUGGGUCUGAUUGAAAUCGAUCGAAGUCUUCGCCGUCAGGGGUCCUGCUUGGCCGACCACGGUCUGCCCAUUGUAGAUGACGACACGACCGAAUUGGGUAGGGAACUACUCAUCUACGGUGAGAAUCAACAGAGAUCACUAGUAGAUGAGUGGGAACCAAAGCUUUCCAACGACCAGAGAGUGGUGUUUGAUUAUGUAAGAUCGAUAUUACAUGGCCAGGUUGGUAGUCGGUCCAUAAAACUUAUCUUCCUCGACGGACCUGGCGGCUACGGCAAGACCUUCUUAAUUCAUGUGAUCCUCGCAUACGUUCGUAGUCUUAACAGGGUUGCUAUUGCUGUCGCUAGCUCCGGCAUUGCUGCUGGUAGUCUGCCUGGUGGCACGACAGCACACAGUAUGUUUAGGCUGCCACUUGAUCUCGGCGAUGGCACUGGGUAUUGGAACUUGACCAACGGAUCUCAGCGUGCAGAACUCAUCAGAGCAGCCCAGCUCAUAGUUUUUGAUGAGGCCCCGAUGGCUCACCGGUACAUUUUUGAAAUCAUCGACAGAUCUCUGCGUGACCUUAUGAAUUCACCUGAGCCAUUUGGGAACAAGAUCUUCCUCUGCUGCGGAGAUUUCCGUCAGAUCGCACCAGUUGUAGCUAAAGCUCGUACUCCAGCAGACAUUGCUUGUGUAUCACUGUGUGCGUCAUCUCUGUGGUCAAGCUUCAAAAUCUUUUCCCUGUCCACCCCUCACAGAACUUCUGGCUCCACUGCGUACUCUGAGUUUCUCCUUAAAGUAGGCAAUGGAACAAUUAGAUCUGUUGAUUUUGAAGAAGGCCGUGGCUGCUCAAGUCUGAUUCCUUUGAGCGGUAUUAGAUAUGUGACAUCACUACACGAUUUAGUUGACUUUGUAUUCCCCGUUUGUGACCUGAGCCAUACAGAUAGAAUCGCUGGCCGGGCUAUUCUUUCAACCAUGAACGCCAAUGUCCAGCAGAUCAACAACACUGUUCUCAACCUGACGGACGGCUUCGUUCAUGAGUUGAGAAGUGCUGAUUCUGUGGACAAGGAGAACGACGAUGGUAUGGAUGUAGACGUUCACUUGUUGAACCAGGCUACUGGCAAGGGCGUGCCAGACCAUGUCCUGCGACUAAAGAUUGGCUCCAUGUGUCUCGUCAUGAGGAACCUGAACAUUGACAGCGGACUUGUUAACGGCACUAAAGUGAUCGUGACCGCUAUUAGACCUCGUCUGAUCACAGUGCGACUUCCUGGACAACGCGAUCCGAUUUGUAUUCCCCGGAUUCAAUUCGUUUUCCCGUUUGUCGAGGGGUCUCCGCUUCGCGUCCGCCGUCUUCAGUUUCCUCUCAUGUUGGCCUAUUCCAUGACUGGCCACAAAAGCCAGGGCCAGACGAUUGAUCGUGUCGGAGUCGAUCUUCGCAGUGACUGUUUCACGCAUGGUCAACUGUACGUCCUUCUCAGUAGAGUCAGACAUCCUGACGACAUCGUUGUUCUGGUCCAUCCUGACAGGGUCCACGAAGGAGUUGCCUAUGCAAAGAACAUUGUAUACGACGAGCUCCUUCGUUAA